CGCGACCUUCCGGAAGAGCAAGCGUGGCCUCCGUAUCCCCUCCCCUCCCAAAGGAAGGACAGUCCCCAAAAACAAAAUCUCCAAAUCCUCCUGUCAAGAAGAUCUCCAAUCCCCCGGCGACCCACCAUGCCCCCGCGACCCAAGCGCCGCGACGGCGCAAGCUUCGCGGCAUCCCUCCGAGCCAUGGCCCGCCGUGACCAAAGCAGGGGGGAGCUCCACGAUCGGCCGCAGUCUCCACUGUUAGCAGAUUCGUUGGCAGUGCCCACCAAUGCAGAAGCGCUGCAAGAGCCAGAUCCAGAUGUCUCUUCCUUGGAGCAGUUGUUUGACAGUACAUCAUUGAAGGAACCAUCUGUCACUGCCAGUUCCUCUUCCUCUCUGCAGGCAGAGGCAGUAGCUCAUGAUGACACCAUUGUUGUCUCGCCACCACAAGGCUGCUUGUCUCCUGGGCCACCCAUUACAUCCCGGAGACCUUACAAUUGGGCUAAGACAUUUAUCAUCAGAACUGACCGCGGGGGAUCUUUUCAUAUAUAUCCUUGUAUUGGCGGGCCAUUUCAGAGCUUACAGGAAGUUGAUAGUGCUAUCAAUCGCCAUCUUGAUGACCUGCGGGAUAAGAACGUGUGCUUAGAUGAGAUGUCCUGGACAGAGAGAGUUACAAGGCGGGCUCUUUACUGGCCUGAUGGCACAAGAAAGAAGCUUUCAAAGUCGUCAUUAGAACCGGAAAGGCUUAAGCAUACACGCCUAUUGGUUGAAGCUCUACUGGACAAAUAUAAUGAGGAUCACAACCGUUUUGGGAAUCUUGCGUAUGAACUCAAAGAUAUUGUGUGCAUCCAAUCAGUCUGUGAGGGCAGCCCCCAGAAAUAUGAUUGGUACUAUCAUCUCAAUUUCACUGCAAGGACUAAAGGAGAUGAUGAAUUGCACAGUGGCACCGACAAUCUGUUCUUUGCGGAAGUCACACGUCUUGGAGGACCAUAUAAAGAUUUUGCGCUCAGCUGUUUCUACAUGCUUAAACCUAAUGAUAAUGGUCAGUGUCGUGGCUGCACACAUAAUAAAAGGGUUGACCUGAAGCACCCUAAUAAUGCUGAUGAGUACGCCGGUGGCCACUUGGAUCCCUAUUUGCCAUAUGGUGGUGACACUACUAUACAUGACAGCGGCCCUGAUGAGAAUUUGGAUCCCGAGGAGGAGGAGGCUAAGCUGCAAGCCAAGGAGGAAGCUAGGCUAAAACGUAUAUACAAGUGCCUUGAUGAUCCAAAGUUUUUGGAGAAAAUGAGAAGGCGCUUCAAAGAUGAUCCGCGUGCUGAAGCGUUUUUUCAACCACAAAAAAAACGAGAUCCUCAGCAUGGGACACAACCUUUGGCGGACGUGCAGUAGAAGGCUGAUCUGGCCUGAUGUGGCUCCACCUACUUAUUCUGCCUCGUACUCCCUCCGUAAACUAAUGUAAGAACAUUUAAACUAAUGUAAGAACAUUUAGAAUACUAAAGUAGUGAUCUAAACGCUCUUAUAUUAGUUUACAGAGGGAGUACUAAUUUAUGUUUUGCCAUCAGAAACCUUGUAAUGUUCUUACCAAGUUCGACAGUGUAGGUUGAACUUUUUUAU